GUAAUAAUGGUUACAAGUUUACACGUCAACGUCUGUGGAGGACGACCUGUUUUGAUUGAAAUAUUAACGUAGUAUUACAUUAAUUUAUUGUUGGCAAAGAAUGACGUGUAACUAUUGUUGAUAUAAGAGACUGACUGCACAAUAAUUCGCAUAAUAUAGCUUCUUUUUUUCGUACCAGAACAAGAGUUGAUAAGACAUGGCAAGUCCACGAACCCGCCGUGUCCUCCAAGAACUUAAACCGACUAAUGAAAAUAGUAAAUGUUUCGAGUGCGGCGCCCACAACCCGCAGUGGGCGUCCGUGACGUACGGAAUAUGGAUCUGCUUGGAGUGCUCGGGGAAGCACCGGGGCCUCGGCGUCCACCUGUCGUUUGUGCGCUCCGUCAGCAUGGACAAGUGGAAGGACGUCGAGCUGGAGAAGAUGAAGGUCGGUGGAAACAGAAGGGCUCGAGAAUUUCUGGAAUCCCAGCCUGACUGGAACGAAGCGAUGCCCAUCCAACAGCGCUACAACACGAAGGCAGCGGCAUUGUAUCGAGACAAGGUGGCCACCCUGGCGCGCGGCGAGGCCUGGGACGAGGCGAGGUCGCCGGCGCAGGGCCACGCGGGCGGCUCGCCGAGGAGGCCCGGGAGCGCGUCCCCGCCGGGCGGCGACGCGCCGGGCUACCAGUCGGGCGGCGGCUACCGCACCCUCGACUCCCAGCAGGCCUUCGACAACCAGAAGGAGGCCUUCUUCGCCCGCAAGCAGAACGAGAACCUGACCAGGCCAGAUGGUGUUCCUCCGAGCCAGGGCGGGAAGUAUUCCGGCUUCGGCUACACGAUGGACCCGCCACCUCGGAGCAGCAGCCAGGAGUUCUUCGACAGCGCUGUUUCCUCUCUUGCCAGUGGCUGGUCUGUUUUUUCCACUUCCGCGACGAAGAUGGCCAGCCGAGCGACGGAAGGUGCUAUUAAAAUCGGAGGAAUUGCCUCUCAGAAGGUAGCUGACAUUAGUGUUUCUGUUAGUGAGAAGGUGAAAGAAGGGAAACUCCUAGAUGAUGUGAGCUCUCAGGUGUCUAGCAUCGCAAACAAGGUGAGCGACCUGGGGAGGAAAGGCUGGAAGGACAUAUCCGGGACGUCGUCUGCCAAUCCGCACAGCCCGCUCAAGGAAACACGGGAGACGUCGUCCACUGAGAAGUCCUCCUUGCUGACGGAAACUGGAAUCCCGCAGAGAACUCACACGCAAGAGCACAUUAGCUCCCCGUUGCUUUCUAACAGUCACGAGGAUUCCAGCAACUGCGAUUGGAACUGGGACUCGGGCAGUAAACACCACGCGAGGGUCCCCAGCGACACGAAGUCGUCCGGGGAGUGGGAGAACUGGCAGUCGGGCGACGCGGCCCCCGAGGUGGCGAGCCCCAGCGCUGCCAACGCGACAACCAGGAAGAGCAAGAAGGCCAAGGAGGGGCUGCUGAUCGAUUUCGCCGAGGACAAGAACGCGGGCUGGGACUCGAAGUGGAACGACGACGAUGCUUGGGAGAUGCUGAACAAGAAGGACUGAAGUCAUCGUUCCGUUAGGUCUGUUGAAGUUGCCUGCGAUGCAUUGCUGUAGUAAAUUUAAAAAAAAAAAUACACAAUAUAAACUGCAGAGUUUUUGGGCCACAGUGCCUGCAUUUGUGAAACUUAUUGAUGGCUUACAACCAGGCAGACAACACAACCCCAACGUAUUCAUGAUAUAUUCGGUGUUACUAAGCAUAGGUACAAACAUAUUUAUGGCUCCUUAAUGUAUUACUGUAUGUGACCGAAAAGUCACUCUUCCAAACUUGAUCGUGACACAAAUAGAAACAGUGUUAAUCUUCCACGUUACAUAAUAUUCCUGUGUAGAUGUUAGUGACCAUUCGCGCGACAAAUCAAACUGCAUCUGUCUGGUUCUAAGUUACCAGUAUUAAAACUUUAUUUUAAUACUGCGUUUAUUGAAUGAUAUACAUAUACACCUCUUUACUUGGUGAUUGAAGUUUCUUAGUGUUGCUUUGCAUUCCAUGUUAAUAGGGACAAGAUUAAACUGUAAAUUGCAAUGAAACCAAAAUAACACUGAAAUGCAACUAAAAUCAUGAAAUCUACCAGCAAUUUGACAAAACUUAACUCAAAUUACAAAAAUAUGAAGUUUUACUACAGUAUAUUUAAUGAAUGUAAUUUAUUUAGUAUGAAGAGUGUACCAAACAAGAACUAAAUUAAAUAUUAAAAAAUCAGUUUCAAUUUGUUUGGUCUUAUUAGCAACACUUUUUACAUUAAUGAUGUUGGCACUUUUUUGAACACAUAAAGAUAUUCUUUUCCUUUUAAUUUUUCUGAGUAGUUCUGUCCAAAACAUGCUUAUUACAAAUUAUUUUACUGUAAAAGUGCAUCAUGUAUCAGUAAAGUAUUGAGAAAUAUUAAUUUCCAUAUUUGUUAAAUAAAUGAAUAAAUACAUUGUAUGAAAAUAAAAACAAUAACACUGAAAUCUUUUUUGAAAACAAUAUCGACUUAAAAAUAAAACCAUAAAAUCUUGUUCCUACAUAUUACGUAAUUAUUUUAAAUUUGAAACAGCUACAUAUAUUUGGAUGUAAUUUUUUUUAAAGAUUGAUAACUUUUUUUAACUUGCUAGAAAAAUGUGCUAUGCCAAAUUUGAGACAAGCGCAUACAUUUUUUGGAUGAAGUGUAUUUUUUGGAGCGAUGUUAGUGUCUCUUGUUUGUUGUAAUGCACUCUGAAAAAGUGCAGGACCUCGGUGCUAAUGCAAACAGUUGAGAGAUAUUUAUUCUGUAUUUGUGGUAGUUUUUGUUUACGUGCUUACUUAUCUGUGCCUGUAUUCAGAACUUCGGACAUUCCUUUUUUUUUUUGUGCUGCUCGUAACAAAAAAUUAUCUGUAAUGUCUUCUCUGAAAACUUUUGAUUGGUUUGUACUGUUAUAUGCAGUCAUAGUUGUAAUUGCUGUAAAUACAUACAUACAUGGUACUAAUAAAGAGGUCUGUGUGCAUGGCAGAUACAUAUUGACAUUGUCUGUCACUCCGUCUAUGCAGUAAAAAAGUGGUGGAUGCAUUUAGCACAUUUUUUUUUUAAUUACAUUAAAAUAUCUCGCUUCUCUGUGUAUCAAUUUCUGGUUUUUCUGUACAAGUAAUUGUUUGAAAUCUCGAAACUAGAGCAUUUGCUGUGUCAAAGUCCAACUGCACAUUCUGUAAUUUCAAUGAAAAGUGUGUGUUGGAGUACUAUUGUUAAAAAUGCAUGUGUUAUUGUUAACACACUCUGAUUUUACAAGUUAUAUUGGAAAAUUUUAAGCCAGUGUUUGAGCGGUACGCAGAAGAUAAGAAAUAUCUCUAUCUUUGGUAAAUUAUGUAACAGGUGUCUGCGAGUAUUCAGAAGUUUCGAAUUCAAUAUUUGCGUUAAAAAAAUUUUAAUAUGUAUAAUAAUUUUUUUUAAUUAUUAGUUACUGUUAGAUACCCUAAUAGCAGACGUAAGUUUAAAUUUAUUAGCUGUCACAGCUGUCUGUAACAUUAUUGAAUAAGCCCUCAAUGUCAAAAAAUUUUUUCUGUAGAAAAGUACAUUAAUGUGUUUAUAUGCAACAAAUAAUCUGUGGUGAUGCUUAUCAAAUUAUUUGUAAUACUCUGUUUUUAUGAUUUUCUUUUUCUUUCAAAUUUGAAAUUAAGUAUACUGUAGUAAAUUGAAAUAUAUGGAACCAUAAUAGAAUGAUGUAAAAUGCAAGGAAAUAAAAUAAAUGGCAAUGCAUGUUCUCAAAUCAGGAAAUUUUAAUUUCAAAAAUAUUUUUUUGGUUGGUAAAACUGUUAAUAUAUAUAAAAAAAAUAUUUCUUACAAUUUUUUUAUUAUAAGCACUGGUUAAUAUUUGUUAGAUAUGAGUUACAUAAGUUACAGAAAAUAAAUACAAAUUUUUCACAUCUUAUUGGCUUUAUACACAUUACUUUUUUUUAUUUGUUCCUUUUGAUGUAUCUCUUGCAGACUAUUAGUUGAAUACAUAAUAUAAUGUGUGUGUGUGUGUGUGGGGUGUUUUUUUUUUUUUUUUUUUUUUUUUUUUUUUUUUUUUUUUUUUUUUAAAUUUGCAGAACCCCUGAUUUCAUCCCACGUCUAUUAUGGUUCCAUGUGAGGAAAAAGGUUUCACUAUACGUUUUGAUUUGGGUUUAAAACAAAAAUUGCAAAAGCUAACCAAUGCUGUGCUGUUAGGAGAGAGUAACUCCUGUGAUAUUGGAUUUUUAAAAUGGAAGUAAGCCUUAGCUGACAGUACAGUUGUAUUGUUUCAUUUUGUGGCUUAGAAAACUACAUGAACUUGUUUUCGACACUAGUUGAAUUCGAUAUCCAUGGCCUAAUCUGCAAUAUCUGCUGUCACCCAUGGGGUUUUUCCAAGGAUUGAACUUGCAAAACGCUUUAAUUUUGUGUGAACUUCUUUCUUACAACAAAACAGAAGUUUUGUUAAGUAUUAGAGCUGGGCCGAUGCCGAUCCCCGAUCGUAAUAAUCGGCCGAUUUUGUUAAUUUUGCCGAUCAUAAUGAUCGGCAAAACGUAGCCGAUUAUUUGAGCCGAUCAUUGGUCUCCUACUGCAAACUUAUAACAUUGAAUAAUUACCUAUAUCUAACAAAUUUCCAUGUUUGUUUGCGGUACUUUUCGGGAAGAAAAUUCAAUUAUUCAUUGAAAAAUAAUAGGAUUUAAUAAUUUAAAACUAACCGCACACGAAAAAAAUAUACCAAUAAAGUAAACAAAUAGCGUAUGUUUUAUAAACAUUGAACAGUUACAUACCUAAGUAUCAAUUUCCACGUAUAUUUACGGUACUUUCGGUAAAAUAAUUUUCCAUUAUACUAUUUGCAAAGUUAUUUAUCAUUUACGAACCGAAAACUAUGUAAUUGUUUACCAUUUACGGUUAAUAUUACCGCAAUGGCGAAUGGUGACUGUUGUUCAGGUUGGUUAUGUGACGCCAGAGAUUAGAGUGACGCGCGUCGCGCGACGGAAAUCGUACAGAUAAAUAGCGCUAGUAGUCUUGUGGUUAGUCUACCUCUUCGGGAAUUCAUCUAUUUAGUUUUUUCUCGCUAAAUAUGGCCUAUUGAAAGUUUUGUUUAGCGAAAUUAAUAAUCUUACCCUGCUUAGCGGGAAAUAGAGCUUAUUUAUCUUUUGUAUAAAAACCUGGUUGAUGAAGAGUUUUGUUCCCCAUUUAGUGGUACAGUAGAACCUUGUUAAUCCGUGACGCGCUAAUUCGGGAAUCGGAUAAUCCGGGAAGAUUUAAAAGUGCAGAAAAAAAAGAGAAUCUAAAAUUGUCAGAGCUUAAAAUUUACGUCACGCGGGCGGGUGGCCCGCAAACACUGCAAGCCAUCGCGUGGGCCGCCAAACUCUGCUACGCUGUUUGUACCGACCCUUUGUGUCGCCCCCCUUUCAGCUGUCACAUUUGUCACUCUUUAAACUUGAGGGGAUGUCCUGACUUCUGCUUCCCGUCUUCCUUUGUUUGUUUCCACCCGCCAACGCACGGCAGGCGCCUGGCGAGUGACGUGUCUGGCUGGCAUUCGGCUGGACGAAGUGGACAAGGGGGGAGGGUGCAAGGUCAGCACGAUCUUAUCUUUCUCUCUUCGUCUGUUGUAAAUGACCGUGAACUAAUGGCUAGGCAGUGCUGUAUUUUUUUAAGCCGAGACACUAAUUCGAAGACGACCCUUACCGUGAACGGAUUAUCCGGGUUUAUUAUUAGUAUUAUUUUUUUUACAGAAUUUCAAUUAUCCGGGCAUCGGCGGGUCCCAAUUAACAUGAAUAAUGGGGAGUUUACUAUUUUUAUCCAUCUGCUGCGAAGGCGCAGUAAGCCUCGGGAGAUGUUACGUCACAUGACCUUGGCCUUAACCCAGCUGCACGCUGGUGUCUAAGAAGCUUGACAAGACCUUCCGGGCUUAUAAUCGCUAGUCCGUGAAAUUCGGUAAUCCGUGAUUAUCUUGGUCCCGACCAUUACGAAUUAACGAGGUUCUACUGUAUUUCGUAUUCACAAAUUAACUUACAAUCGGGAAUUAUUGAAAGUUGGUUGGCGGCACUGGGGGGAAUAAAAUUAUCAUCGCUGACGUCUACCGGCACACACGGAUCACAGAAUGACGUAGUUGUGAUUAGGUUGAAGAUUUGGUUUGACCUUAUUACAUUUUAACGCAGUUAAUUGUGUGUACGUGUGUGUGGUGAUUUAUAAGUAAUCAUGUCAAUGAAAAGUAGUUUUUUCUGGGAAUAUUUCACCGUUUAUAGUGAUCCGUCAAAAGCAACGUGUAAUCAGAGGUACUUGAAAGGCUCUAAUCGGCUCAGAAGAUCGGCAAGAUCGGCAGCAGAUGAUCGGCAUCGGCAUGAUCGGCAAAAUAGGUGAUCGGCCCAGCUCUAUUAAGUAUCCUAUCAGUAUGGAGAAUACUUUAUGGUGAAUUGUGAUAAAGCCAAUAUAACACCAUAAAGCAUCAAAAUGAAACAAAAAAUCAUGAAAUAAUCAGCCAUUUUAAUUAAAACUCAAAUCAGAUUAAAUUAACUUUAUCUUUUAAUAUAUUAAAUUCAAUUAAUGUAAAUUAUUUAGCAUUGAAUUAGUACCAUAAAGUAUGCACCAAAUAGAUUGGAAAAAGUUGUUGCGGUUGUUGAUAUUGCAACUGUUACUUGUAACUAAUUUUGACAUUACGCCAUUCGUUCAUUUUUCAAGUGCACAUAUUUUUUGCUGAUUUAUUUUUAUUGUUCCCAGUAGUUAGACAUGCUUAUUACAAAUUAUUAUAUUGUAAAAGUGCAUCAUGUAUCUGUCAAAAUGAUAACUGUUUUGGUGAAGUAAGUAUCAUUUAACAAGUAAGUGUCGUCGUUGUUGAAAAUUGUGCUAUCUUUAUGAAUAAACAGAGUUCAUAAAAAAUAGAAA